GAGUUGACUACAUAUUAUUAUCAUAUAGCAAGUAGGAAGCAAGCAACCUCUUCCUUGCAUCAAGGGUCUUCUCUUCCCUCUUUCUCUUCAUUGUCUUUUUGGGAAGCCGAAGUCUUCGCCUUCUCCCGGUUCGACUGUUUCGGGCCCGAGUAUACAUGGCGAGCCUCCGGCGAUGGCUCGCUUUAUUUGCGGUCCUGGCAGCAGCGGCAUCCACCGGGUCGGUGUCCGGCCGGUUCGUGGUCGAGAAGAACGGCGUGAGAGUGAUCCGCCCGGAGCACAUCAGGGGGCGCCACGACGCCGCCAUCGCCAACUUCGGCGUGCCGCAUUACGGGGGGACCUUGUUGGGCGUCGUCAUGUACCCUGACAAAAACACCACCGCGUGCGACGCCUUCGACGGCACCCCCUUCAAGUUCCGGUCCAGGCGCCCUGUUAUUCUGCUUGUUGAUCGAGGAGAUUGCUACUUCGCUUUGAAGGCAUGGAACGCGCAGCAAGCCGGUGCUGCAGCAGUUCUGGUCGCCGACAACACCGACGAGCCUCUGCUCACCAUGGACAACCCUGAGGAGAGCCAAGCCUCGGACUACGUCGACAAGAUCUCCAUCCCCUCCGCCUUCAUCAACCGUGAAUUCGGCGAGACCCUCAAGAAGGCCUUGGCGAAGGGGACCGACCAGGUUGUGGUGAAGUUGGACUGGAGAGAGUCGAUGCCUCACCCCGACGAGAGGGUGGAGUACGAGUUCUGGACGAACAGCAACGACGAGUGCGGGCCUCGGUGCGACGAGCAGAUGAGCUUCGUCAAGAACUUCAGGGGCCACGCCCAGCUGCUGGAGAAGGGAGGUUUCACUCAGUUCACCCCUCACUACAUCACCUGGUACUGCCCUGAGGCCUUCCUGCUCAGCAAGCAGUGCAAAGCCCAGUGCAUCAACAGGGGUAGAUACUGCGCUCCGGAUCCCGAGCAGGACUUCGACGCGGGGUACGACGGCAAGGAUGUGGUGAUCGAGAACUUGAGGCAGCUUUGCGUUCACAGAGUCGCGAACGAGACCGGUCGGCCGUGGGUAUGGUGGGACUUCGUCACCGAUUACCAUGUCAGGUGUUCGAUGAAGGACAAGAAGUACAGCAGAGACUGCGCCCAAGACGUCCUCAAAUCCCUUGGGUUGCCUCUGGACAAGAUCACCAAAUGCAUGGGUGAUCCUGAAGCUGAUGUCGAGAAUGAUGUCCUAAGAAUGGAGCAAGAACUCCAGAUUGGACAUGAUUCUCGUGGAGAUGUGACUAUCUUACCCACCUUGGUCAUAAACAAUGUUCAGUAUCGAGGGAAACUGGAGAGGAGUGCUGUGCUCAAAGCAAUAUGUGCAGGAUUCAAAGAGUCAACCGAGCCUCCUGUCUGCUUGAAUGGAGAUAUCGAGACAAACGAAUGCCUUCGAUCAAAUGGUGGUUGUUGGCAAGACUCAAAGUCAAAUAUCACAGCCUGCAAGGAUACUUUCAGAGGAAGACUGUGUGUAUGCCCUAUGGUUAACAAUGUUCAGUAUCAAGGAGAUGGAUACACAUCUUGUGAAGCUGUUGGACCAGGAAGAUGUGCAAUGGACAAUGGAGGCUGCUGGUCUGAGACUCGAGAUGGACAAACAUUUUCGGCAUGCUCGGACUCGGUGUUGACCGGUUGUCGCUGUCCUGCUGGAUUCCAUGGUGAUGGUUAUCAGUGUGAAGAUACCGAUGAAUGCAAGGAGAAGCUUGCCUGCAGCUGCCCUGAGUGCUCCUGUAAGAAUACAUGGGGUGGAUAUGACUGCAAGUGCAAGGGCAACCAGUUGUACAUAAAAGGGGAGGACACUUGCAUAGCCAAGAAUAUGUCAAGAUUUGGAUGGAUAUUGACACUCUUAGUUCUUUCAUGUGUGGCUGGUGCUGGAAUAGCAGGCUAUUUAUUCUACAAAUACAGGCUCAGAUCUUACAUGGACUCUGAGAUCAUGGCUAUCAUGUCCCAGUACAUGCCACUUGAUAACCACAACAAUGAGAUCCAACCUCUGAGACAAGAUUCAACAGCCUGAUGAGGGAAUAAAUCCACAAUAUUGGGAAUCGAUAAAUCACAAGGAGACAUUAUAUUGUGGCCACAAAUUUUCAAGAUACUGCUGUGUUGUAGGUCAACAAUUUGGUAUACAUGAAUCAAUUUUCUUGUACAAUAAAUACGGUAAGACAAAGGUCCAUUAUUAGCCACCAAUUCCAGAUGGCAUAAUUAAACUAAAAUGUUUUUGUA